UUCAUUUUUCUUUAUGGCCAUAUGAGUGGAGAAAUAUGAUCCCUCGAGAUAUGAAGGCACAGAUUUGCUUUACUGGCCCCUGAAUGUCCUUGGCAGAAUUUCUAACUCUUAAUUUCGACAUCAUCUGUAUGUUUAAACAAAGAUUAGUGAUGACGAAUAUUGGUACUGCGUCUGUCACAAAUCAGCCUCCACAUUCGUGUUUUUCUGUCUUUUGUCUCUCCCAGACCGUCCCUCCAGGAACAUGAGCAGCCACACACAGCUGAGUGAGUUCAUGCUACUGGGAAUACCUCAGACAGAGGGACUGAAGACUCUGCUCUCUGCCAUCUUCUCAUUCACUUACCUCUUCACCCUGCUUGGCAACUUACUCAUCCUUACAGCAAUUGUUCCCUCCUCUACCCUUCACACCCCCAUGUAUUUCUUCUUGGGACUCCUGUCUAUUUUUGACAUGUUGUUCCCAUCUGUGACCUGUCCCAAGAUGCUACUCUAUCUCUCUGGCCAGAGCAAAGCCAUUUCUUAUAAGGGAUGUGCUUUACAGCUCUUCUUCUAUCAUUUCCUGGGUUCUGCCGAAGGCUGCCUCUACUCCGUGAUGGCUUACGAUCGCUUUGUUGCCAUCUGUCACCCGCUGAGGUAUCUGCUCAUCAUGAGACCUGGACCCUGUGUUGGUUUGGUCAUGGCAGCUUGGACAGUGGGUUGUCUUCAUGCCACCAUCCUGACUUCCUUUACCUUUCAGUUACCCUAUUGUGGCCCCAAUCGGGUGGACUACUUCUUCUGUGACAUUCCCGCUGUCUUACCCCUGGCUUGUACUGACAGCUCCCUGGCCCAGAGAGUGGGUUCCACUAAUGUCAGCUUUCUGGUUUUGAUGUUUCGGUUCAGUGUUUGUGUCUCCUACACACGCACUGGGAUUGCCAUUUUGAGAAUCCGCUCCGCAGAGGGCAGGCAGAAACCUUUCUCUACCUGCAGUGCCCACCUCACUGCAAUCCUCUGUGCCUAUGGACCUGCAGUCAUUGUCUACCUGCAGCCCACACCCAACCCCUUGCUUGGUGCCACGGUGCAAAUAUUAAAUAAUAUUGUCUCACCCAUGCUGAACUCGUUAAUCUAUUCCUUAAGGAACAGGGAAGUGAAAAGCUCCUUAAAAAGGGUUUUCCACAAUGUAGUAUUGACUGCUCUGGAAUAA